CACUUCUUUACUCUUGAACUCAAGUCGCUUUGAAGCGUUGGAAUUGAAUGACAAAGUACUUACUUAUCUGAUUAACAGCUGAAGUGACAAUGAUCCAAGCGUGUGGCUGGAUGCUAGACUUUUACAAGACGGUACAGAUGUACGAAAAAGAAUGUAUUGAAGGAUUUUAUCAUUUAGUCAAGUUUGCUCAUCAAGAUCGAAUCUCGCCUAUUCAUUUGCAUUUUAUUUCUAGUGUUAGUACCAGCUUUAGUUAUGGCGAAGUGGUACCUGAAAUAUCGAUGCCUCUUGAUCCUCGUCAGGCUACAUCUUUAUUGGGCUAUGGUCAAUCAAAGUACAUUGUUGAGAAACUCUUGGAUUAUCUCUGGGAAGAAAAAAAAAUGCCAUGUUAUAUUCAUCGCGUUGGACAAGUAUGUGGUGAUAGUAUUCAUGGUGUUUGGAAUACUUCUGAAUUUAUGUCCAUGCUGCUUGUAGGUGAUACUGAAAAAGGCGAAUUUCUCAAACAAUUACCGUGUCAGUACUGGGCACAGCAACAUCUCAUUUUGACUCCAUCAACCAUUGCAAAUCAUCUUCACGAGCCUCUUCAUCCUAUGGUCGCGCUGGAGUAUGUGCUCACAGAGCAGCAAUGUUCCCUUCUUGGUCUUGAGUACAGGGACGACCCCACAGUAAAAUUAUUAUAUGCCAUCGCGAAAGAAACAGUCGAUCAUGAAAUACGUAUUUAUGAUGCCACUAUUGAUGUUUUCAUGAAUGUUUGCAAUCAAACCAAAACACAAUUUGAACGAAUAAUUGAAGCUAUAAAUGAAGAUGGCCCGUCGUCGACACGCGCGAUGGACUAUGCUCGUGCAGGUUUGGUGUAUAUGAGUACAUGUUUGUACAAGUACCAACAGCAAUCCUCAAGCACUUCAGUAACUGCCCUACCUCCUCCUCCAGAUCUUCCCGAUGGAGUGACUCCAACAGCCGGAAAGCAAGCAGUUGAAGUAUUGCAACAAAUCAAGCCUCAAGGAAAAAAACGUGAUAUGGAUAUAGUUGAUGAAUUUGUUACGGUCUGGAUGAAGGAUCACAAACGCAUGGACUGAAAAAAGUGUUUCGAUGAAGGACGUACCAACGGGCACUACACGCAUUACAAGGAUGCUAGAUCACUUUCCAUUACGUAUCAUCAAAUGAAGAAGAGAUAACUUAAGUUAAAGCGUUAAUAAAACUGAUUUUUCUCUUGAAAAAAGAACACUGGAAUGAAGACAGUGAGGGGAGUCAAACACUCUAGAGUUUGAG